CACACACACACACACACACACACUCUCUUCUGUCUUGCCGUUUGAAGGAAUGGAGACAGCAUUAGGAGCUAUGUGGUAAACCUCAUGACUUUAUUAACUCUGCUUGUAGCAGGAAAACUGGAGGCGAGUUUGAGUUGAUAUGUGCAGAGAGACAGACGACAGUAAUGGCAAAAGAGCUAUACACAGAUAAUGUAUAUGCGUAUGCAUUAUAUAAAACCAUUGCUGAAGUUGAUUCCCCAUUGACUGUGGGCUUGUACUCAUCAUGUCACAGCAGGAUUAAAAUGAUUCUCACAAGCAUCGAAGGUCACAUGAACAAUGAGCAGAACAAUAGAAGCAGAUCCUCCAUUUGGAAUCUAAUUUCACUAAUCUUUCGUCUUCUUUUCUAUCGACCUAUGUGGACAAAAGAAAAAGAGAAAAUGAAAUGCAACCGCUAUGUUCUUGUGAGGUUUAGUGCCUGGCAGUUUGCAGGAAGUGACAUGCUCUGGGCUGGCUUGGUGAUGCAGUUGUGCCGAGCUCUUCAGGACAGUUUUGGCAAGCUUCAGCUCAGCCUGUUUCGAGUAGCUCAGUAUGACGAAGAAAAGGAUGGUAGGGAAAAGAAAACUGAAGACAGCACAGAAGACUGGAGGUCAAAGAAGUUCUGCUGCUGUCCACUGUGGACCUUUAUCCUGAUAACACUGAUGGUUUGCCUCUUUAUUUUGGUCCCAGUCAUUAUUUUUUCAUUUCCUGAACUAAAGCCUGAAGGAGAUGGUGAGAACGACAAAGAGCAUGGCGUCAUUGGGGGUUUUAUCAUUGCAGUCUUAGGAGUUCCUGCACUGGGAGCUGUAAAGUUUAUGUUCCUGCUGAUGAAGCACCUCAUCUUUAGCCAAGAUGUUAAUGUCAGAAAUGCACUGAACAACAAGAAGAUCAGUGAGCAGUUGGGCUUAAUGCAUGAAGUUAGGAAGGAGGUGAGGCUACUUUCCUGCUUUGUUCACUUCAUUGAGAUUUUUGAGAGGCAAAAGAUAAAAGUGGUGCUGGAAAUCACUAAUUUGGACCGUUGUACUCCAGCAAAAAUUGUAGCUGUCUUGGAUGCCAUCAACAUCCUUCUUUCAGAUGAGGAAAGUCCGUUCAUUUCUCUAGUCGCAAUUGACCCAGAGGUUCUUACCCAAAAAAUAGAUCAGGCAAAGGAUUGCUGUAGCAAAAAAGACGGAGCUUAUGGCUUCCUGGACCGCAUAAUCACACUGCCCUUCACAGUACCACCUUUAUGCAAGGUAUCAAAAUGCAAGGUCUUCAAAAAGAUUUUAUCGGAUCAAUCUGAAAGGCCUACUGAAACGUCCGAGAGAGAUGAGAUUGAGAAUUUAUAUAGCAUAAAGACUUCAGUUUCUUUAGAAGAUGUUUCUUUGAUAGAGAACAGCGCAAAUGAUGAGGACCAAGCCACAACCCUGAGAACAAGCAAGACUAAAGUGGAGACAUUAAUCCAGGAUGCAUUUCAAAGCAUAUAUUUAAGCAACCAAAGUAAGCUUUGUAUUUAUAUCUCAGAAAAUACUGUGUCUAUGAGGAGGGUCACCAAUUCCAUCAGAGUGUCCAUGACUGUGAUAAGCAUUCUUAAUGCUGAGGUUCCCCUGCCUGAAAGAGUCGCUGCUUGGGUCGUGCUGGUAGACCGCUGGCCAUGUAGAGUAAGUUGGAUACUUCAGUGUAUGGAAGAUGAACAUCAGACUUGGCAGACUGAUCAAACCUCAGUUGACUGUGAUCACAACAGGACUCUAUGGGAUGUGUUCAGUAAGCACAGGAUAGAGCUUCACGUAAUUAGGGAGGAAGUGGAGAAGUUUCUGGAAAGAGAUGAUGAUCCUGAACUUUUUGAAAUGUUUCUCAGUAAGGACUACACAUUCACAGUUGCAGAGGCAGAUCGACUGAAACAAUAUACAGCUAACCUGGACUAUUCCAUCAAGAACGAGUUAGCGAGAAUCAGACAAAUCAGAACUUUGGGAGGAAUAGGAGAAAAACAUAGGUUCAACACUUUAUCUCCAAGCACUGUCUUCAACAUGUCUGUGGAAGGUGUUUGCAACGAGCUAUCCACAAUGAAGCUCCCUGGAACAUAUGCUGAGAUUGUAAAACAAAAUAAUAUAAAUGGACAGACACUUCUGCUCAGUGACCCAGCUGAUCUGAGACAGGUCAUGCAAAUGACUCUUGGCGAAUGGACAACGUUUAGGAUUCACUUUCUUGGAGUCAUGUCAAGUAAUCAUCUGAGUAAAGCUAAGUCAUUACCAGUUAUCUCAAAUCCUAAUGCGAUUUGCUCAUCUAGUUUGUGUAGUAGGAGCCAUAUGAAUCAUAUGUAAUAUUGGUCCUUUUCAGCUCAUUAUCGCGAAACAUACAUUGUUCUAAAUUGUAUGAUAAGUAAAUAAAAUGACAGAUAGUUUGGACAGUGAAUGAAUUAGUGUUUCAGCUUGUUUGCACUCUGAUGUUGCAAUAUUUACAUGUCAGUGUGUCACUUCCUUGAUGGGAAAACUACCUUUGAACCUUUAAAUACUCUAACCCACAACCAACAUUUAAAGGUGCGGUGCACGAUGUUUGAGAAAUGCUUCAGAAAACUGAGUUGGGCCGACAAACAAAACAAACGUGUAGCCAAUGAGCAGAAAGGGGCGUGUCUUGUCAAUAUGCAGAGGAGAGAGUGUUCAGUGCGCAUGUGUACGGUGGCCGAGAAGUACAAAACAAAUUAACAAAUCCGAAAACACAUUAACAAAUCUGAAAACACAAUAACAAAUCCGAAAACACAUUCCGAAAUCCGAAAACAAAUUAACAAAUCCGAAAACACAUUAACAAAUCCGAAAACACAUUAACAAGUCAGACAACCCGGAAGCGGUUGGUAUAGUUUGUGAAUGGAAACUUACCAUCAUCGGAUGAGACACCUUUCAUUCACCUGUAUAUCUUUAAUGACAGGUGUCUUGUCCAAUGAUCGGUAAGUUUCCAUUCUCAAACUAUACCUACCUCUUCUGGGUUGUCUGAAUCGGUGCACGAAACACAUUAACAAAUCCGAAAACACAUUAACAAAUCUGAAAACACAACGACAUUUCAGACAACCCGGAAGAGGUUGGUAUAGUUUGUGAUUGGACAAGACACCUGUCACUCAAGGUAUACAUGAAGUUCAACAGUCUGCCGCAGGGAAAAGUUGGAAUGGAUGGAUGGAAUGGAUUACUGUGGAUUACUGUGGAUUAAUUCUGUUAUUUUCUUAUAUUUAAGCGGAGAACUUUACACAUUACACAUAAGAUUCCCUACCUGUAUAUCUUGAGUGACAGGUGUCUUGUCCAAUGAUCGGUAAGUUUCCAUUCAAAAACGAUACACUACCGUUUCCGGGUUGUCUGACUUGUCCUUGUGUUUUCGGAUUUGUUCAUUUGUUUUCGGAUUUGUUAAUGUGUUUUCGGAUUUGUUAAUUUGUUUUUGGAUUUGUUAAUGUGUUUUGCACUUCUCGGCCACCGUACAUGUGUGACAUUAGCAUAAAGCGAUUGAAACAUUGACAUGGCGGAUAAAAAUGAAAAGCCAAAAAAGGCUUACGAUAAGGCAAGAAGUAGGACCCAUGUCUUCCGCGUGAAACGGAGCUAGGGUGGUCCACAGAUUUUGGUUUCUUUUUCUGGUGGGAAUUUGAACUUCUGUACUAGAUAAUUAAUAUCAUUCCCUGUGUCAUGUGCAGUUAAUUCAGCAAAGUCACCUUAUAAGAAAAUAAUCUUGCAUUUCUGCUCAAUGUUGUUUAGUUUUACAGAAAAACCUAUAGCGCACAUCAUGUGCAUAGUCCAUGCAUUUAGAUGUGAUUAUUGCUAGAUGUGAUUAUUAUUAUAAACACCAUUGAUUCAGUGUAUAAACUUGGUUCUUAGAGGUGAUGGUUUGUUACUAUCCGGCCCUGAACAUGUAUCUUUGUGUUUGUGUGUGUGUGUGUGUGGUAUUCUACAUCCCAAACAAUAUAGAUUUGUUUAAAAUAUAUAUUUCAAUUUUAUUGUUUAAAACAUUUGUGAUUGGUUUUUCAUUUACUAGAUAACAGUGAAAGUGUGAUUUUGUGAUCAAGUUAUGAUUUGUGGAAAAAAUAUACUUAGAAUAAAGACCUUGGUGGUUUAAAGUAAAACAAA